AUGUCUCAUCAAAAGCCUUUGCUUAGCACUAAGAAGACCUUCUUUUACAAUUUCUUUCCAUCAAAAGAAGAAGAAGAAGCUUGCAAAGUUAACAACACUCCAUGGGUAGUGACUCGAGAACUAAUUGAGAUAAGGGACAUAUACCCUGCCCCAAAAAUCGAUUUGGAAAACUCAUGGCAGAUCAAGAAAAAGAUUACCAAUGACGAGGCAGUUGUAGGAAAGCUGGUGAUUCCAUUUUAUGAGACGUUUGAGUACAUUCUUCGAUAUUGGACGUUGGACGUGGCCAAAAGUUUGGAGAACGGGUAUGGUGUGGCUGUUGACGUGUGGGAUGUAACUGAGGAGAAAGUCCCUAAGAAGUAUGAAGGUGGAAGUGUUUGCUUAAGGAAGUUGUACAAUGAUGAUUUUUCUCUUUUGUGCGUCAAAUUGUUUAAGGAUCGCGAAUUGGGCAUUGGUGAUGAAAUUGGACUUUUUUGGGAUCCUAGAUCUUCAAGUUUAAUGUUCAAAUUACUUUCUAAGGUCCGCGCUUAGUGAAAGAUCCAAGAAUUUAGGACCAAAAACAUCAUACUAUCAUAGUCUUUUUUAUUACUCUUUCAUAUAGUUGUAAUAGCUGAAGAUUGGAAUAUUGCAUUAUUA